GAACUCUUACAGGUCAGCGAUGACGGUUCGAAGUUGGCGAUCUCAUUGGACGUGUCGAAAUUCAAGCCAGAUGAGUUGAAAGUGAACAUCGAUGGCCGAACCCUGACUGUUGAAGGCAAACAAGAAGUGAAAGAAGAUUCGAGUUAUACAUCAAGGUCAUUCCUUCGCCAGUGGACUGUUCCAGAAGAUGUAGAUGUCGAGCAGAUUCGAUCCACCCUAACUGAAGAUGGUCACCUGGCCAUCGAAGUGCCGAAGCCUAAACCGGCCAUCACAUCCAGGAACAUUCCGAUCCAGAAAGCGAUUGAUCGUACACCCUUGAAAGAUCAAUUUCAAUUGCAGAUGGUAGACGACGACAAGAAAUUCGCCGUUUCGUUGGAUGUGUCCCAGUUCCGCCCAGAGGAGUUGAAUGUGCAUCUGGAGGGGCGUGAGUUGACCAUCGAAGGCAAGCAGGAGUGCAAGACGGAGAACAGUGCCAUGCAUAGAUCGUUCACUCGCAAAUGGCUACUCCCCGAAAAUGUCGAUCUGGAAGCUAUUCGUACUCAACUCGAUGACAAGGGCCAUUUGUCGGUGGAGGCUCCGAAAAGCAUCGAAGGCCACAAACAGAAGAGAACUAUUCCCAUCAUGGCCGCUCCUCAGAAGAAAUGA